AUGGCUUCUAGGGCGGGGUUACUCAGUCGGCUCCUCUGCCUCCUACUUCUCUAUCCCCAGGCACUUCUCGCCGUCGGGACCGGGACCGUCAGCAAAUUCGGGGACGACUGGCCCCAUGACUGCGUCCAGUACUGCCUCGGCAGAUGGCCCAACGUUUACGACAAUAUGGGAAGCGCGCUACAGUGCGGCAAGCCCUUCUACAAUGAAUGUUACUGCGCCACGGCGGCAGCCUCCGCAUCCCUGGCCACCUCCUUUCUAGCAUCAUGCGCCUCGACGUCGUGCGCAGGCGGCGAUGUCACCCUGGACCUCUCAGCUAUGCAGUCCAUCUACGCGUCGUACUGCAUGGAGAACGGCUUUACGCAGCCGGGAGCUACCGCUUGGUACAGCCCUGCCGCGGAAACGGGUGCCCCGGCGCCGGGCAACACUGGCGAGACCGACUCGGCUCCGCUCACCACGACACGGGUCUCGGUAGUCACGCAGAUGACAGCGCCUGACUCCGGCGGCAGCUCCUCUACACAGUCGUGGGUGACCGUCGACGCGACCUCCACAGUCUGGGUCAACGCCGCGGGCUCCUCCGUACCCGCGCCAUCCUCCGACAACAACCAGACCACUCUCAAGCUCGGCCUCGGCCUUGGUUUAGGACUCGGCAUCCCCCUCGCGCUCGCAAUAGCAGGCCUCACAGUAUGGCUCUACAUCCGCAACAGGCGACCGCCAAACCCCAACGACCAACCCCUCCCACCAUCACUAGCCGCCGACAUCGAACCAGCGGGCCCUUCCCCCUCCCCCCUCCCCCGCAAACCCGUCGCAGCAGCAGCGGCAGCGACCACAAACCCAGCCCCUCCACCCUUAUCCAGCACGCCUGCCACUGCCACGCGGGAGCUCGAAGGCGGCCGGGGCAUACACCGGGAGCUGGGCGGGACGGGGGUGCACCCGUUUCCGGACGUCGGCCCUAGCCCGCCUGUGCUGGUCCCGGGGCAGCACGAGCUGCACGGCGUGGGCAGGCAGCCGGAGCUGCCGGGCCUGUCGGGCAGCCCGCCGCCGCAGUAUUAUUAUUAUCAAGGGGCGGCGGGGCCUGGGAUACAGGGAGGUCGGGAGCGGUGGGAGAUGCCGUAG